UAGCGGUAGCAGCGGCCGUGGAGGUGGCGCUGGGGACUGUUUUCUCUCGGAGGCCGGAGCGGAGCCGUGUCUGACUGAGGCGGGCAGCAAGCGGCCCCCUCGCUCCCUCCCUCCCUCCUCCGCGCCCUCCCCGCCGCCACCAGCCGCCAACCGCCGCGCCCGGGGGGGAGCCGCGGCCCGCGGGGCCAGAGCCAGGCCUGCGUCCGGACAUCAGCCGGAGCCGGAGCGAGAGCCGGGGCCUCGGCGUCCCCGCCCUCUCCCCGCCUCGGCCAGCGUCCGCCGGGCCUCCGCGCGCCGCGCCAUGGACUCAGACGAGGGCUACAACUACGAGUUCGACGAGGACGAGGAGUGCAGCGAGGAGGACAGCGGUGCCGAGGAGGAGGAAGACGAGGACGAUGACGAGCCGGACGAUGAUAACCUGGAUCUGGGCGAGGUGGAGCUGGUGGAGCCCGGGCUGGGCGUCGGCGGGGAGCGGGACGGACUGCUGUGCGGGGAAACGGGCGGCGGCGGCGGCAGUGCUCUGGGGCCCGGUGGUGGCGGUGGCGGUGGCGGCGGCGGCGGCGGAGGCGGACCAGGACACGAGCAGGAGGAGGAUUACCGCUACGAGGUGCUCACGGCCGAGCAGAUUCUACAACACAUGGUGGAAUGUAUCCGGGAGGUCAACGAGGUCAUCCAGAAUCCAGCUACUAUCACAAGAAUACUCCUUAGCCACUUCAAUUGGGAUAAAGAGAAGUUAAUGGAAAGGUACUUUGAUGGAAACCUGGAGAAGCUCUUUGCUGAGUGUCAUGUAAUUAAUCCAAGUAAAAAGUCUCGAACGCGCCAGAUGAAUACAAGGUCAUCAGCACAGGAUAUGCCUUGUCAGAUCUGCUACUUGAACUACCCUAACUCGUAUUUCACUGGCCUUGAAUGUGGACAUAAGUUUUGUAUGCAGUGCUGGAGUGAAUAUUUAACUACCAAAAUAAUGGAGGAAGGCAUGGGACAGACUAUUUCGUGUCCUGCUCAUGGUUGUGAUAUCUUAGUGGAUGACAACACAGUUAUGCGCCUGAUAACAGAUUCAAAAGUUAAAUUAAAGUAUCAGCAUUUAAUAACAAAUAGCUUUGUAGAGUGCAAUCGACUGUUAAAGUGGUGUCCUGCCCCAGAUUGCCACCAUGUUGUUAAAGUUCAAUAUCCUGAUGCUAAACCUGUUCGCUGCAAAUGUGGGCGUCAAUUUUGCUUUAACUGUGGAGAAAAUUGGCAUGAUCCUGUUAAAUGUAAGUGGUUAAAGAAGUGGAUUAAAAAGUGUGAUGAUGACAGUGAAACCUCCAAUUGGAUUGCAGCCAACACAAAGGAAUGUCCCAAAUGCCAUGUCACAAUUGAGAAGGAUGGCGGUUGUAAUCACAUGGUCUGUCGUAACCAGAACUGUAAAGCAGAGUUUUGCUGGGUGUGUCUUGGCCCUUGGGAACCACAUGGAUCUGCCUGGUACAACUGUAACCGCUAUAAUGAGGAUGAUGCAAAGGCAGCAAGAGAUGCACAGGAGCGAUCUAGAGCAGCUCUUCAGAGGUACCUGUUCUACUGUAAUCGCUAUAUGAACCACAUGCAGAGUCUACGCUUUGAGCACAAACUAUAUGCUCAAGUGAAGCAGAAAAUGGAGGAGAUGCAACAGCACAACAUGUCCUGGAUUGAGGUGCAGUUCCUGAAGAAAGCAGUUGAUGUCCUCUGCCAGUGUCGUGCCACACUCAUGUACACUUAUGUCUUCGCUUUCUACCUCAAAAAGAAUAACCAGUCCAUUAUCUUUGAGAAUAACCAAGCAGAUCUAGAGAAUGCCACAGAGGUGCUUUCGGGCUACCUCGAACGAGAUAUUUCCCAAGAUUCUCUGCAGGAUAUAAAGCAAAAAGUACAAGAUAAGUACAGAUACUGUGAGAGUCGACGAAGGGUUUUGUUACAGCAUGUGCAUGAAGGCUAUGAAAAAGAUCUGUGGGAGUACAUUGAGGACUGAGAAUGGCCCUGCAUAAAAUGAACUCUGAAAACUUUACCAUCUAGAGUGCUCAUGCAAUUAAAACAAAACAAAAACACAAACACAAACAAGGAGGCACUAAGCCUAUUCUGACACCGCUGGUCUGUAGUACCAGAAUUCUGUUUUGUUAACGGAAAGUUUAAGUAAAUUAUAUUGUAAUAAAAAAGGUAGAUAAACCAUUGUACAACAGUAUUCUAGGCCGCCAACAAAAGUGUGACAGACACACUAAAAGCCCUCCAACUUUAACUUGUAACGUAGCUUCAUUCUCAAAGCUGACUCCUUUUUUCUUUUUCUUUUUCCUAAGUGUAGUACAGUUAAAAUUUCAAAUAGCUCCUUGACACUGCUUUUCAUGUCCAAACCAGCCAUUUUGUUGUACUUUGGUAAAGUACCUCUUCCCCUUCCUCCCCUACACAUACAAAUAUACCCACACACACAGACUGAUUCUCUUUCUCUCAUACCCCAAGGUCAUGAGUGAAUGAUGAUUAGCUCCUUGUAAAGAAAAUUCUUGGGAUGGGGAAGGGGGUAGGCAGCAAGAGGAUUAAACAAACAAAAAACAACAACAACAAAAAAACUUUGUAUAUGACUUUUGAAACAAGAGGACAACACAGUAUUUUUCAAAAUUGUAUAUAGCGCAUAUGCAUGGAUAAAGCAAGCGUGGCACGUGUUUGCAUAAUGUUUAAUUACAAAAAAAUAUUUAUUCUUUAAAAAUCUUCAAGAUUAUGUCUAUUUGCUGUGCAUUUUCUUUUAGUUUGCUUUAUCUUUCCAGGGUUGGGGUUGGGAUAAAAGGUGUGUUUGUUUAGCACCUCUGGAAGACCURACUAGAGCUCUUCAGUUUCCCUUUCUUGAGGUUACUUUGCCCUUUCUGGUUUUGUUAUGUCUUUUGCUGGCCAUAGGCCUCAGAAUUCCCAGCUCUUGAUCAGGAACAAGGCAGUUAAGUUCUGAGUAAGUUCUCUAUGGCCUGUUAAAGACUGCAACAGGAAGUUUUAUUGCCUCAGUUCAUGAAUGAUCCUGUUCCCAACUUAUUCCCCCUCCAUGGCUUUAUGCCUCUCCCCAGGCCUUCCUUGUGUGCCCCAUGUCAUGCACACAGCUAUAGGCUUCUUAGGCUCCCCCUCACAUCAAGAGGAAGCAUUUCACAAUUUUUUUUUCCUGUUUUUGUUUUCCUUUAAUUGCUGCUUUGAGCCUUUCAAAAUUUUAGUUAUGGCUCGUCUUACCCCUUCUCUCCAUUAGGGUGUCAAAUAGAAUGUUUUUGCUUUAAAUAUAAAUAAAUAGCCAUUCACAUAGUCUCAAAUUGUGAAUUUAAAAUGGCGGAUAUUGAAAUUGCUUGUGUGUGUUGCUGUGGGUUCAGUUUGAAGGCAAACACCCCUAGAACAUGAUAUUUCCCAUCCAGUGUAUUUAACUAGAAAUCACUGAGUUUGCUUCUUUUCUAUUGUCAGCAGAUAAGAGAAUUAAUAAUGCAUUUUAGCUGUGAUGUCCAUUUUUAUGAAAUUUCUACUAAGAGCUAUGUUAAAAGUAAAGGAUGGUGGUGGUUUUAUUAAUUAUAUACAUGUUUAGGCCAUUCUGGCUGUGGUAUUUUUCAAAAGGUCAGCAUCCCUAAAUCUGUCAGUUUUAUACAAGCGUGCAGAGUGAACUAGGCAACUAGAUUAAGAGGUCUAAAUAUUAAGACCAGUUUUGGCUAAGGACCUCUUUGUCUUCCUUUAAAUGUCUUGUGCCUAGGGAGUGUUUACCAUUUGUGAGGCAGCUUUGUCUGCUCUUGCAUUGUACAUCUUAUUACUCCAUUGGGAAGUAGGAUCACUUUCCUCUGGCCUUUUGCCUAAGUUAGGCUUUGCUGAAUCAACCCUACUUUUCCUUUUAGAAAAGGUUGUUACAUGAGAUGUACUUGCAACUGUUCUUUUCCCAUCAAAAAUCAGUGAAUGUUUGCUGAGUGUAUUAUGCUGCUUCUUAAACCACUUGUUGCUUUAGGAUCAACUUUAUCUGUACUCUUUUUCUUCCCCCUUCCUUGCCACCUCAGGUGCAAAUCUGAACUCACAGUCUGCUUCUUCCCUCUUCUCUUCCUUCACCAGUCAUCCAUUUGACUUUAUUUUACUUUAAAUUACUGCAUCAAUUUUACAAGACAUUUAUCAAAACUAAAGAGAUUUUUCCCCCUUUCUGGUAACUUUGAAAAGCAAACAGAGUUGCUAUGUAGACACAUGUGACUCCCUCAAAAUGCUUUGUGUAUGUGUGGUGUUUAAAGAAAAAUCUUUGCAGUAUCUAGGUUUGAGUGUCCUACACUCUCUUCACAUGCUCCCUUUGCAACAAGUAUACAAAAACAGUGUGUGCACUUAAUAAUAUCAGUCCCCACCCAUGGAGGAACAGUGCUUUCUAGAGAUGCUUUUUAGUUCCAGUGUUGGCAUACUACCUGAGGUUAUUGCAGUUGUGGGUGCAUUUCUUAAUUCAUAUGGAUCAAGGUGAACUGUCUUUUCUACUUCCAAGCUUUUAACAGCUAUCUCUGUAUUUGACAGACUUCCCAGAGUUAAUUGCUUUCAUUGUUAACUUCAGUGCCCCUAGCUGGGAUAGGCAAGCCAUAUUGUAUAACAGCUUCCCUAUUUCACCUAAGUCUAUCAGAGGGCUCUAUUCACAGUAAGCACCAGGGUCUCCCUGUUUUCUUGAGGUCAGUUAUAUUGUCUUUUGAAAAGUGCAUGCUUCAUUUGAACAAUUCAUUGAAUAGCAGAUGGACUUAAAUGAUUUAUAAUAAAAUUUUGAUCCAAAGCUCAGGAUACAAACAAUAGUGGUAAAAUGGAGUAGCAUAUAAUAUCAUCAGACUAAAUUUUGUGUAAUUUUUCUGCGACCCAGAUUGUAUGUGUUUUAUGUGUGUUUAAAUAAAUACAUUAAAUGCACAUGUGUAUACAUACACACAUAUACAACAGAUCCAAGACUGACUGACUUAAUUUGAAAUGGUUGCAUCUGCAGUGUAAUAUGURCUUCAGCCUUGAUUAGGAAUUGAAAUUUAGUACAAGAGAGGAAAGGACUUAAUGUGACAAAUUCUUUUAGCUAUAUAUCCCGGUAUAGAGCACUUGGGGGAUGGGAUGGGGUGGGUUGGUGAGACAAUCAGAUCGGUAAAUUGAUUAAAUGCUCCUAACCCUGUAAUUUUGUGCAUAGAGCACCCUGUGCUGUGGAAAUAACUGUUCUUAGAUUUUCAUUGUAACUGGACUGUUCAGGUUGCCCAGAGGGAAAGAACAUUCCUAAUUCUAAUAAAAUAAACUUUUAUUUUGUUA